UGCAUUUCACGACCAGAGUCGGGCAGAGGAAGCCAGAUAAGAACUGAAACACCUUUCUUCUGUCCUGUCUUGGUUGUGGAAAGUGUGCCAGGAAAGCUAUCAAAGAAUAUGUUUUGUGUCUUCUAAACGUUGUAACUUUAUAGGCACUUUUUACUUUGGAAAGUAAAUGUUCUAACAGUAGUCUAUCAUGAUAUUCUUCUAAAGAAAAAACCUCUAUGGAAAUACAUUUUGUUGCUAGAUGAUGUUCAUGUCUUCUAGAGGAUUACAACCUGCACUUUAAACAAUCAUUCAGGAAUAAAACAGUCAAACAGACAUUUUGAAAAGUAUAUUCUACAAGAUUCAGAAUGACGUCAGCAGUUAGUGAUUUGAAGAUGACGUCACCGGCCUACUCCUACAACAUGACGACUCACGUCUACGACACGUACGACCUAUUUAUCCAUCCGCAUUGGUAUCAGUUCGCGCUCAUCUCUCCAGCGUGGCACUACGCUAUGGGCAUCUUCAUCACCUUCGUCAGUAUCUUUGGUUCAUUGGGCAACCUUCUGGUCAUGUAUAUAUUUGGAACAACCAAAUCUCUGAGGACACCUUCCAAUAUGUUUAUAGUCAAUCUUAGUAUGAGUGAUUUCAUCUUCUCGAUUAUCAUGGGAUUCCCGCUCAUGACCAUCUCAUGUUUCAACAGACGUUGGAUAUUCGGAAAAGUGGCCUGUGAGCUCUACGGACUUGUGGGUGGGAUUUUCGGUCUGAUGUCCAUCAACACCCUCGCCGUGAUUGCCUUUGACCGCUACUCCGUCAUCGCCCGUCCAAUCAAAGCGUCGAGGUCCCUGAGUUUCAGGAAGGCAUUCUUCAUGCUGGUGUUUGUGUGGUGCUGGUCUACAACAUGGACGAUACCCCCGCUUUUUGGUUGGGGCGCUUACAUUCCUGAAGGCUUUCAGACAUCUUGUACAUUCGACUACUUGACUAGAAAUGACUACUUCCGGUCUUACAUUUUGUGCCUGUAUAUCUUUGGCUUCUGCUGCCCUCUAUCGGUCAUUUUGUACUGCUACUUCUUCAUCUACAGGGCAGUCGCCAAACACGAGAAGGAAAUGGGUCAGAUGGCUAAAAAACUGAAUGCGGAGAUCAGACAAGGUCAGAGCGCACAAAAAGCUGAGAUCAAGACAGCCAGGAUUGCCAUGACCAUCGUUAUAACCUAUUUGAUGUCCUGGGUGCCAUACGCCACAAUUGCUUUGAUUGCACAGUUUGGCCCAGCAGAAUUGGUCACGCCCUACGUCUCGGAGCUGCCCGUCAUGUUUGCUAAAGCAUCCGCCAUGCACAACCCCAUGAUCUACGCCCUUUCACACCCAAGAUUUAGAGAGGCAUUGGAUAAGAAGUUCCCGUGGUUGCUCUGCUGUUGCGGAGUUUCUGAGAAGGAAAAAGAACUGGCCAGCGCCGCCGCUGCAGACAAGUCCAAGAUGAACCGCAUGGACAGCGUCAAUAGCACAGCAGUGGGUGGCAACCAGAGUCAGAUGAGUGAGAUCAGUAAUCUGGACAGCGAUGCUGGAGCAGAAGAAGUAGAACCUGCGCGUGCGGGCAUGCGCAUGAAACCAGUGGCAGAUAAGCCUAGAACUCAGGCUGCCCAGCCCGAUAACUCUGCCCUAGUUAAGGACAUUAUGCAAGCAUUGGCUGGAGCAAUGGCCAGUGCCCAGGCUGGUCAAGCUGCCCCUUCAUACCUCCCUCCACAAGCUUUGGGAGGCGCAGCCCAAGACCCACAAGUACAGCAAAUGAUUUACGCCAUCUCUCAAGGAAUGAUGGCCAAUCAGGCACCGCGCCUAGCUCAGACUGGCACAACCUACUCUGGAAGUGGACCCGCUGUCGCUAUCAACCUGCCUCCACCUAAUGUCGUCACAACGCAGGCUGAGGUCAACGGUGGUCACGUGAACAAAGCCUACCAAGCCGACUGAAACCAACACAGCAGCAAUAAGCUCUAGAUGAUAAACUAAGGACUCAAUGAGUAAAGAGAAAGUUUCUCCUGCAGUGUGAACUUGAUCUAGAAUACACUCUCAAGAUGUACAUCUUUUUUUUUUCUUCUUUUUUUAAAGAAAGUAAAACAUUAGAAUCUAUAAAUCAAAAAUAUUUUUCGCGGAUAGAUUGUUCAUUAAUUCUUGAUUUCUAAAUAUGUAAUGCUCGAUAUUGAGUCAUGUCAGGUCUCUAGCUAAGCAAAUAUUAAACCGUAAAAAUUAUUUAUUAUAAGCUUCUUGCUAGGUUAUUUUAUCUAAACAUAGAAAAAAAGUCAUUUGGUAAAAUUAUUUUCAAUCUAAAUUAUUUUGUCAGAGAAGGUUUAGUAUUUAUUAUUUCAGUGUCUCCAUGUAGCACAUCCUUGACCUAAUUUUAACGUACCACAUCAUUUUCUAAUCCCUUCCACUCAUAUGCACACAACUUUUGUGUAUCAAGCAAAUCCUAUGAACUAUACUAAACAACUUUUGUGUAUCAAGCAAAUCUUAUGAUCUCAACUAAACUAGUUCCAUCAUGUGUUAUCAUGUGUAUAACACAUCACAUAUCACCAUAUUGUCAUCUGUGUAGGGCCAUAUUGUCUGCUACUAUGUAAAAGUCUGGUGUGACUGAUUUGUUUUACAGGGCCAUAUAUAUAGGCCAGUGACAAUGAUUGUUGAUAACAUUCUUCUUUUCUUACUUCCUUGUUUCCAACCAUAUUUACUAUUGCGAUGAUCUCAACCAAUAAAAGUCUUGACUGCGCUGUGUCUGUGAUUUCGAGUGGGCUCUUUUAUGUAGGGUCACGUGAUAAGGUCAUGUGGCAGCGUAGAUGAUGGGAUAAUUCAAGUUUUACUCGGAUCUCCAUUGCUGGUUCGACCAGAGACAACUCCAGCUUCGUGUAGUCCUGGCUUUGCUUUGAACGGAAGUUGUGUGGAAUGUAAGCAAGGCUAUU